AUGCUCAGACUUGCAAACCAAGUGGUGGUAUCCGGGGAAGAAAACCGCCUCCAGGAGAAUGAAACCGUGAGAACAACUCGGAUUGUUGUGUCCAAGGGAGGUGAUGGUGGUGGUCCAUUGGAGUGUGACAACCAAUACUACUCUGAUGACACACCAGUUGUGGCGCUGUCAACUGGAUGGUACAAAGGAGGGGAUAGGUGCCACAAGUAUAUUACCAUCAAUGGAAAUGGGAGAAGUGUAAAGGCAAUGGUUGUGGAUGAGUGUGACUCUACUAUGGGGUGCGAUGGUGAUCACGACUAUCAACCACCUUGCCCUAAUAAUAUUGUUGACGCUUCCAAAGCAGUGUGGAAGGCCUUAGGGGUAUCCGAGGAUAACUGGGGAGAUUUGGAUAUUACUUGGACAGAGUGA